AUGAGAGGUCGGAAAUGCCGAGUUCGUCGGAACAACAGUCGACUUAGGCAAAGAGACACUCCUACCCUCGGAAAUAGAUCUAUAUAUCAUAAAAAUGAUGAAAAUAACGCAGAUUUACUAUUUUUCAGGCCUGGCACACGUCAAGAAAACAAAAAGGAAUCCAUAUUAUCAGAAUACUACCAGGUUAAAAGAGAUAUAUGUCGUUUGAAAAUUGCUGUUAGAGAUGAUAAUCAAAGAGUAAAGGAAUUGCAAGAAAAAAUUGCCAAACUUGAAAAAUCGGAAAUAGCUUUCGCACAUCAAUUUAUUCCUGGCGAAUCCGCAAAUCAAAUCUAUGACGAAAGAAAGAAAAAAGAAGAAAUAGCAAAAUUACAAAAUCAAUACGAUGAAAACAUGGAUAAGAUUAAUUAUUACACAAUACUAUACUCUGACAAAAAGAUUAUUGAAUUUAAUAAUGAUGUCAUGAAGAUGAGGAUUGAAUCCAAUAAUUUUUCGAAAGAAGUUCGAGAACAGCAGAACCGUAUAUCAGAAAUUAUGUUUGAAAUUGAAAGGUUUAAAAUCUCAGAUGAAUACCUACAAGUUAAUCAGCAACAGCAGAUUAUUGAAGAAUAUCAAAAAGCACUCAAUAAAAUGGUCGCAAAAUACAAUAAUUUGAAAACAGAAUGCCAAACUCUGGGUGCCGAUAAUGAUGAUGAGGUUGAAAAUUCUCCUUUAAUACAAGGAUUUUUAUCUAGUUUAAAGGAGAAAAAGAAAAGAUAUAAAGAACUUAAGAAGAGUUAUAAACAACUCCAAAUAGAUCAAAAAGAAGAAUUUGAACAAGCACAGGAAGAUUUGGAUGAAAAAUCACGAAUACACCAAAUUAAUGUAGAUAAUUUAAUAAUGGCGUAUCCCAUACCAGAUGAUGCUACAAAAGAAACCGUAUGUCAAUGGUUUGCAGAUAUUGCUCCAAUUGAAGGAUUAAUGUUCUCACCUGAAGAUUAUACUCCAAGAUCUGUUAGAAUUCAAUUCUAUUCGAGAGAUGAUGCUAUUAGGGCAGUUGAACUCAAAGACGGAUUUCAAAUCAACGAUGAAAUUCUUACGGUUGAAUUAGAAAAGCCAGUUACUGUGAAAGAGCCUGUUCAAGCAAAUAAAAAGUCUAAAUCAGCUCCCCGAAAAUUUGAGCGUCAUCCCAAAUAA